GUAAUGCAAAAUAGGACUGGUUUUACCAGUUAUUCUGUUUCUAAAACUGUUCGAAGGAAUCGAAAACUUAACAAUUCGUUAAAAUAGCAAUACUCGCAUUCUAUAUUCAGAUUCCAACACUUUUCUUCCGAGCUAUAUAAUAGACUAAAUACGCAAAGGCACUGGCUUACAAAAGAAAAGUCGACUUUCUUCUAGUCAUUACAGCACGAGCGCGCGGCUAAUUUAGUCCGUCAAGAUCGGUGAAAUAAAAUUAUUUAUCGAUUUAUUCGAAAACUUGUUCGCUGUAUAAUAACGCGAAGAAAUCCCCGUGAAGUGCAAAGUAGUUCACGCUUCGCAGAGGUGAGUUGUUUAUCGUUUAUUCGAAUUAAGUCGACUUGGCUCUGGCAGGUAGUCUACUAGGUAGUCGACUUUUAUCUCGAACGUAGCAGUCGAAACUCGAAGUCGAAUGUUGAUAACCGCGUGCUUGGACGAGGGCGAAGGAUAAGUUUACGUCUGUUAAGCAUGACGAAGCAUUAAUAAUAUCCUCGUACCUGAAAACAGCUGUGUUUCCACAGCUCUGCCUGUCAGGCUUCAGUAUAUUUUGUAGUAAAAUGUGUUUAACUGAAAUCAUCCAGAAAUGUUUCAACAUUGUUUGAUGUUUAAUAGUGACAUUAUUUCUUUGUCUGUGAAAUACUUAGGAAAGGGGAGAAGACAUUGUCAGAAACAAACGAUUCAAACCGAAUUCUUUAUGGUUCUUCGAAAAGUGCGAUUGUUUUAGUUCACAAUGGACAGCAAUCCUGGUUGUUCAGGAUUUUCACAAUGCUGGAAAAUACGAUCACAAUGCAACCAGUCUUCCAGCGAUCAGAGCUUUGCCUCAGGUUUAGACCCUGCAUCAUACACAUUCGCUGCUCAGGGAGAAAUGAAAUGCUGCAUCAAAUCAUACCAAUAUGAUCUGCUAAAGAGUUUGUAUGUGAUGAAGCAUAAUCAGAUGUUGACAGAUGUUAGGCUAGAUGUUGUUAACGAAACCUUUCACGCUCACAAAAUAGUAUUGGCUGCUGCUAGCCCGUACUUUAAAGCCAUGUUUACAAGUGGUCUCAGAGAAAAGGAUGCAUCUGUCGUUAAAUUGCAAGGAGUGUGCCCAACUGUGAUGAACAAACUUCUUACUUUCAUCUACACUGGUGAAAUUGUUAUAAACCAAUUAGUUGUCUGCCAGUUACUUCCCACAGCAAAUAUGCUGCAGGUAUCCCCGGUGAUUCAAGCCUGUUGCACCUUCCUUGAAAACCAAUUAGACCCAAGUAAUGCCCUUGGUAUUGCAGCAUUUGCUGAACAGCACCAUUGUAGUAAUUUAUACAAAGCUGCAAAUGAAUUCAUUGAUCAACAUUUUAUUCAGGUUUGUCAGGAGGAGGAAUUCUUACAGUUGAGUUCUUGUCAGUUAGUGGCUCUAAUUCGACGCGACCAUUUGAAUGUUAGAGAGGAAAGAGAUGUAUACAACGCCGUUCUAAAGUGGGUUCGAAGUAACGAGGAGCAUCGACGGCCCAAAAUGGAGGACAUUUUAGGCGCUGUUCGCUGUCAUUACCUCUCGCCCAGUUUUCUAAAAGAUCAGAUGAAGAAUUGUGAUAUAUUAAGAAAGGUACCAGCCUGCCGCGAACAUUUAGCAAAAAUUUUCCAGGAAUUAUCCCUUCAUAAAUCACCGUGUGUACCGCAGAGAACUCCAUCAGCUCCUUGUGUCCUUUAUAUUGUCGCUGGCUUCUCACGCCGUUCGCUUAACCUUUUUGAAGCCUUCUCAGUCAGCGAAAACAAGUGGCUAACACUCCCACCUUUACCUAAAUCUCUUUCUGGUCUUGGAGGAGCUUUUCUACGUAAAAAAAAAAAAAAUCUAUAUAUAUGCUUCGAAAAUAUGAACUGUCUUUUUUUUUUUUACAUAGGAGGAAUGCUGUAUGCCGUUGGUGGCCGAGAAAAUAUUCCGGAUGCGUUGGGUCAUAGUGGCUAUGUAAACGCUUACGAUCCUGUUACGAGCACUUGGCAUUCGCGUGCCGAUUUACUUCAAACUAGGCAUCGAGCUGGUUUAGCAGUCCUGGACGGCUAUCUUUAUGCCGUUGGAGGAGCUUCAGGGAAAACGGAUUUGGACACUGUCGAACGCUAUAAUCCUGAAAGAGAUCAAUGGGAACUGGUUGCAGCUAUGAAUACAGCUCGUGUCGGAGUAUCAGCAGCUGUUGUCAAUCGACUUCUGUACGCUAUAGGAGGAUUUCACGGUGUUGAUCGGUUUAAAUCCGUGGAAUGCUUCCACCCCGAGAAAAAUGAAUGGUUAUUUGUUAGCGCCAUGAAUCAGGAACGAAGUGGAGCCGGAGUGGUAGCUGUUGGGCAGUAUAUUUAUGUGGCUGGCGGGAUGGGCUUAUCUGGACAACUUAGCUCAUUUGAACGAUACGAUACAGAAAAGGAUAUUUGGACCCAAUUGAGCCCAAUGUUGACAGCUAGAAGCGCGCUCACCUUAGCAGUCUUAGAUAAACAAAUUUAUGCCAUGGGAGGAUUCAAUGGGACCAGUGUCGUCGAUACAGUUGAAAUUUAUAAUCUUGAAACUGAUCAGUGGCGGGUUGGCCCUCCACUAAGUUGCCCACGAUCAGGUCAUGCGACUGCAGUUUUUUGCUCUCCAUGUUCUGCGCAUUCGACACAGUGUUGAUACUACUCAUUGAAAGCCUUUAGAUAUUUCUCUAAACAUAGAUCCAGUCACGUGGUUUAUGCAUUAAGUGGUUGAAUGAAGAUUUGUUUGUACAUAUCCACAUUUGUGUACAUAAUAUUGAAAAUAAAAUAGGGUGUCUGAUGUGCCCACGUUA